UUUCAAAAAGAUAACUCUCAGUGGACACUGUCUCACUCUCAUCAUGGGAGAAGGACGGAAAAAGCCACCGGCGCCGCCGUCUGGCCGGACUAAUCUAGCUUCAUGCAUCGUAGCCACCGUCUUUCUAAUCUUCAUCGCCAUUAUCAUCCUCAUCAUCUUCUUCACUUUGUUCAAACCCAAAAACCCCAACAUCGCCGUCACCGCCGUCCAACUUCCGUCGUUCUCCGUCACCAACACCACCGUCAGCUUCACCAUAUCCCAAUACGUCGCCGUCAACAACCCCAACCGCGGUGUCUUCACACACUACGACAGCUCCCUAAAGCUCCUCUACUGCGGCGAUCAGGUUGGGUUCAUGUUCGUUCCCUCCGGCAAGAUCGAAGGUCGUCGGACGGAGUACAUGGCUGCUACUUUUGCCGUGGAAUCUUUUCCGGUAUCAUCGGUGAUUAACCGUCCGGCGGAGGGGUUGCAGGUGGGACCCAGUUUGGAGAUCGAAACGAGAAUGGAGAUGGCGGGUCGGGUCAGGUUGUUGCAUUUCUUUACGCAUCACGUGGAAGUCAAUGCCGAUUGUAAAGUCGCCGUCGCCAUUGACGACGGAUCUGUGUUAGGUUUUCACUGUUAGCCUUUUGUAUUUGUGUACGUUAUUAUGAAUCUUGAUGAUGAUGAAAUAUC